UAAUAAUAAUAAUAACAAUAAUCACACACACUACACCACGUUAUUUGAACAUUUAAAGACAAUCUUUUUGGUUUGUCUAGAGGUUUGGUUGGCCUUAAUGGGAGGUGACGCAUUUAUGUACCAAAAAUGGGGCAUGUGAUUGCACAUGCUGAUGGGCUCCCUCAUCGCCAUCAUGCUUCUUAUUGCACAUGGCCUCAUUUGUGACUCAAUAGGGCCGGGCCGGGCCCCAUUGUCCCACUACCACAUUCAUGGCUUAUGGUACCAUUUUUAUCCUCCCUCGAAUAUAUGUGGAAAAGCCCUUCAAAAUUUUUCAGAACUCAUUUCACAUGGACUCAUACCACAAUAAGAAAAAAAGCAUAAAAUAAAAGUAAGCUAGAGAAUGGGGUCUUAGUUGAGAUUUUGCGGUAGAAAUGGAUGAUCUCAAAUGCUAUCCAUUAAUCCAGUAGUUGAACCCAUAUAUAUAUUUUUUUAAUAAAAAUGCAUAAUUAUACUAUAAAAUAUUUUCUUUUAUUUAUGUUGUUUUUAAGUAUGAUAUUUUAUUUGCAAAUAUGUAAUUCUGUUGAAAAAGAUAUGAUUAUCUAACUAUUAUAAUUGUCUAAACCAAAAGAAAUCAAGUAGCAUUGUGCUUUGCUGUGGUCAUGCUUGAACAAAUUUCAGGCACCAUUGAUAAUUUGAAUGAACAUUAGGUUCCGUUGCAUGACAAACUCGGGCAAGUUAUUUAUUGCUCCUAAUUUGAGGGUUUUACUCAGGGCCAUCAUUUUUUUGUUAACAAAGAAAAAAAGAAAAAAUAUUAGUAAUCCAAAAUCAAGAGACUUGAUUGAGGGCAAAAUAGUCAUUUCAGAGAGAAAUAAUGUCACUUUAGGUCCCAUGCUUAUACAGUUGCACCAAAAGUACAGUGUGGUUAUUACAGUUGCAUAUUUAGAAUCCACUCAGCUUCCCUCUCUAUAAAUACCACCUUCUUCCUUCAUAACCAAGACACAAAUUACAAAUAGUGAAAUAUUCUUCCUUUUACUCUUUCCCUUAACCGUCUCAAGUUUGCAAACCUAAAUAAAAAAGAAAAUGGCUAGCAAAAUGGCCUUUCUCUUAUGCCUACUCUUUAUCGUCUCUAUUCUUGCUCAAAAACAGAAUGUGGAGGAAGAUGCAGAAAUAGAUGCUCAAAGACAUCGUUCAAGAAGCCAUGCAUGUUUUUUUGCCAGAAAUGCUGCGCAAAGUGUUUGUGUGUGCCACCUGGCACGUACGGUAACAAGCAAGUUUGCCCUUGCUACAACAACUGGAAGACCAAAAGGGGUGGACCAAAAUGCCCUUGAACAAAAACACGUGCAGCUCGAGCUGGCUGGUCCCGUGGCUUUUAAGUUAUCUCUGUUCUGUUCUGUUCUUGGAAGUUUUAUAUUGUUAACUUCGUAUUUUAUAUGCUAAAUGUUGUUUAUUCUCGUCGUGUAUUGCUAGCUAUAUUCAGUAUUAAUUCCUUGGAGACUCUGUAGUUGUUGAUUGACUAAGAAAUUGUUGUACUUUACAAGCAUAUUUUGAAUUAUGUACUGAUCAAAUGAAUGGAAGUUCAUGGUAUUCUGUGGACAUUCAUGUUCUCUUAUACAGUUCUUUGUGAGGUCAAGAAAAUGAAUUCAAACAGGAAGAUGACAUUCCAAUGUCCUUAGA